AUGGCAAUGCUAAACUCACCCUCUCUCACAUUCUCAUCCCUCACCCUCUUCCUCCUCCUCAUCUCCGCCGUACACGGCGGAGAGCCGUCGCGCAAAAUGGUCGGAGGAAGAACUGUCAUAAAAGACGUCAAAACUAACAAGGAAAUUCAACAACUCGGUCGAUUUGCCGUCGAGGAGUAUAACCGGAGCUUAAUCCGUACACACAGCGGCCGACUUGCCGGCGACAGCGCCGCCGUCGACGGAGAGUUGAGGUUCUCGGAGGUUGUUGAGGCUCAGAAACAAGUGGUUUCGGGGAUCAAGUAUUAUUUGAAGGUGGCGGCGGUGCCGGUGAAGAGAGAUGGCGACGGCGGCGGAGGAUCGGAGAAGAGAGUGUUCGAUUCGGUGGUGGUGGUGAAGCCUUGGAUGAGAAAUUCCAAGCAACUCCUUGACUUUGCACCCUCUAAUGACCGAGGUGGACAUUUUUAAGAGGGGUAAUUUGGUAAUUUUGAAUUAGGAUGUAAAAUAAAAUGAUGAUAAAAUAAGCUUUUAUUAAUAGGAAAAUUAUAUAUGGAAGCUUAAUUUAAGGUGUUUUAUGGUAAUAACAGUUUUUAAUAUUUAACUUUACUUUUUUUUUUGUUUAUUAAUAUGGGGGAAUUUAGGGAGGGGUGUGUAAUAACUGUGACUUUUAUUUUAUGUAUGAAUAAAAGUUAAUGUUAAUUAGAAUAAUAAA